UGUAUUUAAACUAUCACACAGGUGCAUGUUAAGAUCUGGUACUUCUGAAUUAAUGACAAUUUAUUGACAUACUGUAUAUAUUAAUAUAAUCUUCAAAGUGAGACUUAAAGUAGUUUUUUCUCUUAGCAUUUUUUAAGACAACCUUAAUGGAUAUUGAAGUAAAUACAACAUAUAUAACUCUUGAUGGGCAUGUGGAUGUAGACAAAUACAGAUAUCUUUAUUUUGUGAUUAUGUUUACAGUAUAUAUUCUAAUAAUCUGCAGUAAUUCUACUAUUGUGUAUCUUAUCUGGAUUAACCAAAACCUCCAUGAGCCUAUGUAUAUUUUCAUUGCAGCUUUGUUAAUCAACUCUCUUCUUUUCAGCACUGCUUUCUACCCAAAGCUUUUGAUUGACUUUUUAUCUGAGAAACAGAUCAUAUCAUAUUCAGCCUGUCUCUUUCAGUGGUUUAUAUUUUACACUUUAGGCGGUUCAGAGUUCUUACUGUUGUCAGCAAUGUCCUAUGACAGGUAUGUGUCUAUAUGUAAACCUCUGCAAUAUCCAACUAUCAUGACAAAAACAACGGUCAAUACUUUCUUGGUUUUAGCCUGGCUUCUGCCCACUUGUCAGGUUGCAGCGACAAUUAUACUGAAUGCUAAUAAAAAACUCUGUAACUUUACUUUCAAAGGAAUAAUUUGUAACAGCACAGUUUACAAACUUCACUGUGUGAGUUCAAGACUGAUGAAUAUAUAUGGCUUGAUUGUUUUGGUAAAUCUCUUAUUUCUCCCUGUACUCUUCAUACUUUUUACAUACACCAGAAUACUUGUAAUAUCCUAUGGAAGUUGUAGAGAAGUCAGGAGAAAAGCUGCACAGACCUGUGUACCACACUUGAUAGUUCUAAUCAAUUUUUCCUGUUUGGCAGCAUGUGAUAUACUCCUAGUGCGACUGGAAACUGAGUUUCCCAAAGGUGUACGUUUAAUAUUGACUUUACAAAUAAUAAUAUAUCAUCCUCUCUUCAAUCCGAUCAUAUAUGGACUGAAAAUGAAAGAAAUCUAUAAACACCUCAAGAGGUUGUUCUGCAAAAUAGUCUAAUUUAGUAACAAUAAUAACUGUACUGUAAUAACUGUCCCAAUCAUUCAGAGAUGUGCUUUCUUUGAUCCUUUGAUGGUAUGUAUACAGUAAAGAGCAUCAGCCAUGUCUAAGUAAUUGGCUUCAGUUUCUAAAAAACCCUGAAGAGGUUGAGACUCCGGCACCACAAAAUAAAGAAAUUCAUUCUGAAACCA